AUGUACAGUAAAAGAGAUGCAAUUGAAAGUACGGAUGCGAUAUUUGUGACUGAGAUAAGCAAACACUGCUUCAAAGUGGCCGUGGGCCUCUUCAGCGUGGAUUCAGAGCAAUGCCAAUUCGAAAAAUUCAGUGAACUUAACACAACAACAAUAGCGAUAUUUGCAGCAGAUCAAGACGUUCGAGCUUUAGUCUUACGCAAACUAGAAGAUGGGUCAAUAUUGGCCUCGAUAUAUGCGGAAAAUGAGCCCAAGCACAUGGAAAGAGAUGCCAUCCUGGUAACAAUUGUGAAAAGCGCACUUGCGUUGGACCCCAAUGUUGCAAUCGAGAACCAAACAUUCGUGCUGAGUACGUCGCACGAUAUGCCACUCACUGCUUUCAGUAGUUUGAUAACUACUGGCAUGUCGUCACUUUUCGAGCAUGCAGUGAGCUCUGGACGACUAAUCGAGGCCAAUGAAAGCUCUGUUCAUGAUAUGCGUUCCAAAAUCAAGGGUUUUUCAGAGCUUUUAAAAAAUGUCAAGACUUUAGUUGUAACACCAGACCUGCUAUCAGCGGUUCAUCCCCUCGUUAGACAAAUAGUAGCCGAAGGCGCCACUGUCGACAACACGAGUAGUUUUAUAAGUGAAGACCAGCUGAAAGACUCAUCAUUCCUUAACACUUUGCAGACCACCGUGAUUAGCUGGACUAAUUCGCUACAGGUUUUAACGGCCUUGACGCGGAAAGUAGAAGAUGGAACAUCAUCAGAUGAGAUCCUUUUUUGGAGAGAUCUUGAGAGCGCUCUCAUCUCCGCCCAGGAACAAGUUCGCGCCCCAGCUACACAACUAACAAUACUAAUACUUCAAGAGGCGCGAAGGCUUCAAACUACCUUUCUACUGGUUAGCGAUUCCGUUCUUACCAAACGAUUAAAAGAGGUGAAGCUCUAUAACCAAUUUUUAACUGAAUUGCCCACUGCGGAGCUGCAAGCAGCGAAUUCACUGGAAGAGCUGCGAAAUGCCCUCACUGGUCUAAGUUUUGGUCUGAAGAGGAUCAAAAGCUUUAAUUACCCGAUUCCACGGGUGCAGGCACUCGUGGGACUUUUAGCAGCUGAGUUCAUACUCAAAAUCAAAAGCCUCCCCUCUACAUUGAACACUAUGGAGCACGCUGACUUCGAACACGCAGUGGAUUCUCUAGAGUCGUUACUUCAUAAAUGGGAUGAUAUAAUACAAGACUUGACCUUAGUGUUGAGGGAAGUUACGCGAAAAAGAUCUGAAAAAUUUGUUACAGUGAAGCUCAACUCCCACACCGAGAAUUUGAAAUCAAGGAUCAACGAGAUUAAGGUAUUGAGAAAUAGUAGCUGCCUUUUAAUGAACGACGUUUUGAAGGCAGGGCUUACCAAAUAUGCAUAUUUUGUUAGCGACGCGUUUGAGCCCCUACUCUCUAUUGACUGCUUGAAAUGUCCGGCUGAUAGAUGGCGAGUUGUGAAAGAUACUUGUACUCAACGUGUGUGUUCUCUGGAAAUGAAAAUUUCUGGAAAUCUUAGAUUCAAUCUUAAUUCUUGUGUUUCAACUGGCGAAAUGUUCUCAGUACUCGAAUGCUUUGGACCUCUACUAGAGAGACCUAGACUACGGGUUGGCCUACAAGACUAUAACGAAAUAUUACUGAACUCAGUUUUGGCUGACUUAUCGCGAUUACAACAAAGGUUAUCUGAUCAAUUAACAGAUUUGCAGGUUUCGCGUUUGAAGAACCUACCUCCCAUUUCCUCCAAUGUGAUGCGUAAUCAAAGCGUCAAAAAGAGGAUCAUGGCAAUAAUGUCAAAGUUGACACUGCUACUUGGUGUUGAAUGGAACAGAACGGAAGAGGGCUCUGUUGUUUUCAAGGAGUGUAAUCUAAUGUUAGAGAACAUGAAUGAUAAUAAAACAGUUAAGAAUUGGCUUUCUUGUGCAGCUUCAAAACAAAACGUGUUUGAGAAACCAAUUUUUGAAGUUCAGAAAGAAGGUACCGAGUAUCAUUUGCGCGUCACCUCUGAUCAACUGUUUUAUAACUCGUUUAAAGAAGUAAGGAAUUUGAAGUGGAUGGGAUAUGACGUGCCGCGUACAUCUGAAAAAUUUGCAGCGUCCAUCAGAACUAUCUACCCCAAAGCAGUGCAAUUGGGUGAGCUAGUGCAUACCUUUACAAGUAUUGCCAAACGGGUCAACGAAAGACCUUUCCUCAAUUCUCUUCUGUCAGAUCACGUUCAAGAAGCACUCAAACUUUUGAGGCAGUCCGUAGGGGUUAAAUGGAAUGUUUUUACACUGAAGCUCAGCACUCCUACUGUAUUGCAUGAUUCAAAGAGUGGCGAGGGGUUUGAUAAGCCAAUGUCCCUGACGAGGUUUCAGAGCCUUUGCUCGGAAAUUAUAAGGGCUUAUGAUGAAAUGGAAGGAUUGGAUGAAUUACUGAUAUCCGCACUGAGAUCAUUAUCAGGCGAGAAGUACUCUGUACAAGCUCUGAAGUCCUGGCUACAACAAAUUUCUUGCCUAAAGGAAAGACUACGAAGCCACAAUCUCGGGAAUUCAUGCAGGUUUCAAAAUCUGUUGGAUUCAGCGGUUGAGAAUAGUUUAUUAGAAGUGGCUGAUAGAGCAUUGAGAUCCAAUGAACUACCUCAACAGUUUCACACCAUCAGCAUUGAAAAUGGAAGCGUAAUGACAUCUCCGCCAUUACAAAGAACGAAAACAGUUUGGAUGCGCCACGUUCAAUUCAUUUUUGAGAAUACGAUCUACCUAUUAAACAUUUUCUGGGAAUCAAGUGAAAUCGAUCACAUAAUAAAAGCUAAGAUAGGGUGUUUCACAAGGAAAAUAUCGGUGCUCAUGGGCGAAUCCCUAAAAGAGCAGCGCUCUGUACUUAUAACGGGAUGCUCAAUGAUAGACAUGUGGAAGAAAUAUGAGACUUUAUGGAAAGUGUCCGAAGAGGAGUUACUUGGUUGCACAAUGGACUUAAGUCACUGUUAUUCGAUUUAUUCUGAUCUGCGAAACGAUAAAAAGGUUAUCAACACUAUGCGAUCAAAGUUGAAGAUAGCUGAUUCGCUAUCUUUUUCUAUUCAGCAAAUCAAGUCAGAUGUGCAGAAUAUGCUUCAAAAUUGGGAAAAGGUACUUUUGCAAAGAAUGAUCUUUUUGUACACGCGAUAUUCUUAUACGUUUCAUCAAGAGCUUAUUGAAUGUCGACAAUUUUUAGAGGCAAAAAAUGUCUCAAUUGAGGCAAUCUCUUUGGAGGACCUUCAUGAAAUGAUAGCAACCAUUGAUCAAUACCAGAAAACUUGGAAUGUGACGGAGGAAAACCUUGUACUUUUUCACUCUGUCAAUAAACUUAUAGCAGAUGAAAUUCUGGCAUCCACAUGCAAAGCUGUCCCCAUUGAUCAGUUAGAAAUGGAAGUGAAAUCCAUGAAACAAAUUCUCGAGAAAAGGUCAGCGUGGAUUAAAGAAAGGUCACCAAUAGUUUCCAAUAGGCUUGAUAUGUGGUAUGCAUCCAUUACAGAGUCCUCUAUUUCCCUUGAGAAUAAAUGGAAAACGAAUAAGCCUGUUUCUAGCGAGAUGACUCCAUCGUGUGCUCUCGCAGUGAUUCAAUCAAUAGAAAAUGCGGCGAAAGACCUCAAGAUUCGUUUCAAAAAGCUCAACGAAAUUAGCAGAAUUCUUUUUUUGGCUACCAGAGAUCAUGAUCUCCUAGUGGAUGUAGUAUCCGAUAUUGCCGAUCAUCGAUUAGCUUGGGAAGCAAUCAGCGCUAAAUGGAUAACCCUUCAACAAAUAAAGGAUAAAAAAUGGACGGACAUCGAAUUACCCGAGGUUAAGCAGCAGCUUAAUGAGCUUAAGAAAGAGCAGCACAAGAUCACCAAUCAGCUGGUCCUAGGGUCAUUUUUUACCCAGAUUCGCUUUAUCUUGAGCUCCUACAAAAAACUUGAAGAACUCAAAGAUCAAUCCUUAAGACCGCGCCAUUGGGCCUCAAUUUUUGAGGAAUGUAAUGCUGCUUUAACCUUCAAAAAUCGGGAAGUAUCAGACAUUACUUUAGGUGACGUCUUGUCCUUAAAUGUCAAUUCAAAUGAACAUGCUAUUUCUCGAGUGUUAAGAGAGGCAAAUUCUGAAGCAGUACUUGAAGCUGCCUUGAGUACCAUUGGUGAACAUUGGAAGGAAACAAAGUUUAAGCAAACACAACACGCAAGUGGAUUGCUAAUUGUCAAAGAAUGGAAAUACUUAUUCGAAAUGAUAUCAGAUGACAUGGAGACAUUAUCAUCCAUGAAGAAUUCGACCCAUCACAACCCGUUUGAGCAGCAAAGUUUAAGCUGGGAUCUGAAACUUAAUCAGAUGGCUGCCAUUCUGACAGAUUGGGCCGAGGCCCAAAAAUAUUGGUUGCAUUUGCAUGGUGUCUUGUCCCAUAAUAAUAAUGCCGACUUUCUGCGGCCAGAGACAACGAAAUUCGAAAGCGUGAGCUCAAAUUUCACGAGUCUUUUAUCCAGGGUGCUUCAAUCAGAUGUUGUAUUAGAUAUUUUGAAUGUGAGAGACUGCCAUAAGCUUCUGAAAUUAAUCGUGGACUCUUUGAAAAAGAUUAUGAGCUCCCUCAAUGAAUAUUUAGAGACGCAGCGAGAAAAGUUCCCGCGCCUUUACUUUUUAGGAAACGAGGACCUUCUUCAAUUGAUGGGAGCUCCUCGAAAUCUUAAGGAAGCUUCGAGGCACUUGAAUAAACUGUAUUCUGGCGUUUCUGGUUUCAUAUUUGACGACAGCUUAGUAAUCGGCGUACGUUCUCAAGAGAACGAGUCACUGGAAUUUCAAACUCCAUUGAAAAUGGACGACCAUCGCGAAAUGAAAGAUUGGUUAGAAGAACUUGAUAGCAGCAUCAAAACUACGGUUUUAACCGCCACCGAGACCUGCCUCAAACGGCUAAAGCUUGACGGCUUCAAAUUCUUCGGGCAGGUAUUCGAACAGUUCUCUUUCCAGGCUCUUCUGCUAGCAAUUCAGAUUCGUUGGACUUCGAUAAUCGAUGACUCUUCUCACAUGGACGAUUUUUCCUCGACUUUGAGCGAAGUUCACAGCGUGCUUGAUAUUUUAGUUUCAUUGACGCAAAGUUCUAAAUGUUUGCUCAGACGAAGAAAGGCCGAAUCUCUUAUUGUCGAAUGCAUUCACACCCAGUCACUAUUACAAAGAAUGGCCUAUUCAGACUUACAUGUUCGUGAAAGCGUAUGGGGCAACACUCUCAAGUACUACUAUGAUAGUACAGCUCCCAAAUGGGAGAGAAUAAAUGUGCGCGUUGGAAACCACAGCUUUUGCCACGGCUUGGAAUACAUCGGAGUUCCUGAGAGGCUUAUAUACACGCCUCUUUUGGAAAAUUGUUUUACAGCCAUGGCGCACGCUUUGGCUCAGAAAAGAGGAGGUUCUCCGUUUGGCCCAGCGGGAACAGGAAAGACAGAAACCAUCAAAGCUUUUGGCCAAAAUUUGGGAAGAAUGGUCUUGGUCUUUAAUUGUGAUGAAUCAUUUGACUUUCAAUCCAUGGGAAGGUUAUUGUUUGGAAUAGCGCAAGUAGGUGCUUGGGGCUGUUUUGACGAGUUCAAUAGACUUGACGAGAGUAUAAUGAGCGCCGUAGCAUCCCAGAUAGGAGAAGUGCAGGAUGCGCUUUCUGAGGGCAAGAGUGGUUUCUGUUUACUUGGCAAAUCUGCUUCUCUUAAUAGUAAUACCGGUGUCUUCGUUACAAUGAACCAUGGCUACAGAGGGAGGCGAGAACUUCCUGACAACCUAAGGAAGAAAUUUAGACAAUUCUCUAUGAAAAAGCCGGAAAUUGUGAUAAUUGCAGAGGUCAUUCUUGCCACGCUUGGUUUCAAAGAAGCUAAGCAAAUGGCACUCAGAAUAAGCAACUUCUUAAAAGAACUACAAAGCCUUUGCUCGAAGCAAAAACAUUAUGAUUUUGGCCUGAGAGCCAUGAAGGGGAUUCUUAGAAACUGCAGAACUCUUAGACUCGCCCUACGGGAAGCUAGUUUUGAGGAUGUACUAUUUCAGAGCUUACAUCAGUUGCUUGCACCAAGACUUAUAGAAGCUGAUGAAAUCGUCUUUCGCGAAGUGUCCUCACGCGUGUUCCCUAGUGUCGAGUUUCGAAUUUUCGACGAGCAUUUCAAAAGCUGCUUCGAGGAGAUCUGCUUGGAUCAGGGUUUGACUGCCACUGACACUUUCAUCCAAAAAUGCAGCCAGUUCUUCCACAUACAGAAAUCCCAACAGGCCAUUAUUAUCAGUGGCCGUCCUGGAAGUGGUAAAACUAAUGUUUGGAACACGACGUUACGGUGUAUGAAACUGAUGUCUGGGAUUGAUAAUAUCGUCUACAUCAUUGAUUCUAAAGUUUUAAGCAAAAGCGAAUUGUAUGGAUCCCUGGACCCAGUAACAUUUGAGUGGUCAGACGGUCUAUUUACUUCAAUUCUGAGACAAAUCACUCAAGACUCUGUAGGGAAGUUUCGAGACGCCCGUUUAUGGAUAGCGUUUGAUGGUGAUUUGGAUCCAGAUUAUGUGGAGACCAUAAAUAGUGUGCUGGAUGACAAUAAGGUAUUCACCUUACCAAAUGGUGAGCGUCUCAACAUACCGCCCCAUUUGAGCUUCAUUUUCGAGGUCGAGAAAUUAGAAGUAGCAACACCAGCCACCAUUAGCCGUUGCGCAGUAAUUGUGCUAAACCGCCCUACUUGCUUUCCGUCAGCAAUGCUGCAACACAGCUUGGUAAACUCCAUCGAUAAAAUGGCUAUAAAGUCACGAGUGGGAGAACAGCGGGCAACCGAAUUAUGCAAGAUACUGACUGAUACAUUUGGCCAUACUUUGAACGAUCUUUACACUAUAGCAGAAAGCCUGCCAAAAACAAUCGAUUCGACUCUUAAUGGCGCCGUGGAAAUGUUUGUGUCUCUUACUUGUUCACAGGUUUUACAAAACUUUGGGGCUACCGAAGCGACAUCGAAGAAUUCCUUCGAAAACUUCGUAAAAACCUCCUCGUACAUUAACAUUACUUGGGCGAUGGUUGGCUCCUGUGAUCAAGAAAACAGGUAUAUUUUCGAGACGCGUCUGAGAGAGCUACUAAGUAUCCCAACAAGCUCCAUAGCGGCUGGUGCAUCUAUUACUGACUAUUGUAUGCAGCCCGGAGAUAAAAGCCCAACUUCACUAUCAAAGUAUGUUCCUUAUGUUUCGCUUGAGCCCCACGAAGUGCUCUCUCCGGACUUAAUGAUUGCCACGAUCGACACAAUCAAGCACGAGCGCCUAAUUUUUGAUCUUCUCUACGCUGGAAAAUCGCCAAUUUUAUGUGGGCCUCCUGGUUCAGGUAAGACUAUGACAUUAUACAACUCGUUGAAAAAGUCAAAGAAAUUCGAUCUUGUAGGAUUGACGUUCUCUAAAGAAACAUCCGUUAAUACAUUUCAAAAAACGCUCAAACAUCAUACUUCUUUGAUAGAGAACGCGAAGGAAAUCGUAAUGAGGCCAAAAUCGUUGACCAAGAAUCUCGUUAUUUUUUGCGAUGAGAUAAAUUUGCCGCGAGCUGAUGAUUAUGGUGAACAACCUGUGAUAUUAUUUUUGAGGCAAAUAUUGGAAAAAGAAGGUUUUUGGGAUGUUGAAAAGCACAAAUGGGUACGCUUGGAAAGAAUUCGCAUUGUUGGGGCUUGUAAUCCACCAGAUGGUAAGACAAGAAAGGAAUUCAGCAAGCGAUUCACAAGGCUUACGCCCAUUUUAUCAGUAGCAUACCCUGGUAAGGAUUCAAUGCUGCAUAUCUAUGAAACGUUUUUCAAGGCCAUUUUGAAAUUAACUCCAGAUUUUCGAGAGUAUUACAAAGAAUUCGCACACGCAUCUGUUGAAGUUUAUUACAGAUGCAGACAGCAGUUCACCAUGGAACGUCAUAUCCACUACGUCUACUCACCCCGCGAUUUAACCAGAUGGAUAAAAGGAGUUUAUUUUAUUCUAACAAACUCAUCCAUUAAAACUUUAUCUCAACUGAUAGAAAUAUGGAUAUAUGAAGGGCUGCGUCUGUUCUCUGAUCGCCUUGUUGAGUCAUCGGACAUAAUUGCAUUCGAAGAGAUUAUUGAGGAUAUAGUGUCGAAGUUUUUACCAAAUCAAUUACAAGGACAUUAUGCAAUGAAAGAUAUUCUUCUUUCUAACUGGGUGACGACAGAGUAUCAGAAAACCACUAGACUUGAACUAGCUUCUUUUGUAAAUGAGAGGUUAAAGACGUUCGAAGAAGAAGAACUUGAAUGCUCUUUAAUAGUGCAUGAUAAUUUGAUCGAUCAUAUGGUAAGAGUCGAUAGGGCCCUCAAGCAGGAGCAGGGCCACUGUAUUUUGGUUGGUCCUAGCCGCAGUGCAAAACGUUCUCUUGUAAGAUUUGUAUCAUGGAUCAAUGGUAUGGAAGUGAUGCAGCUUAUUGUACAUCGCAAUUUUCAUAUUAUGGACUUUGAUAGGAUGUUAAGGUCUGUUAUGAUCAAAUGCGCCGUAGGACAGCAAAAAGUUGUGUUGAUGGUAGACGACUCAAGUAUUCUGGAAUCAUCCUUCAUUGAGAGAAUGAACACCUUAUUGGCUAAUUCAGACGUUCCAGGUUUAUUUGAGGCAGAGGAGCGGGCUAAAUUAAUCGCCGAGCUCUCGCAAAAGUCAGAACAACUAGGGUUACUCUUAGAUGGAGAGGAUGAACUGUAUGCCUGGUUUACUGAGCUUAUUUCACGCAAUCUUCACGUCAUUUUUACUAUUAACGACCCGGAAUCUCCAAGCGCAGUAAACGUUAUUAACUCACCCGCACUUUUCAACCGCUGCGUGUUGAACUGGGUAGGACAUUGGUCUGAUAGAACAUUUACUCAAAUUGGUAAACAUUACGUCGAAUGGAUGCCACUUGAACACAAGUCAAAUCGUCAAAUCUCGACAGAAGCCGUCAACCACAAGGGUAACAUUAGCAAUCUACUUGUUGAUAUUGCAAUUCAGACGUUCAAGAAAUAUCAAAGUGUACAAAGUGAGCCAGUAACACCGGGCAAGUUUUUAGACCAUCUGGUAGAGUUUCAAGAAGUUUAUGCCGAUAAAUCUUCCAAACUUGAGCUUUCGCAGCGCUUCAUUGCGACUGGUGUAGAUACACUAAAAGAAACAGUCCUAAGGGUAAAAGAUUUGAGUGCCGAAUUGCUGGUAAAGGAAGAAAUGCUCAAACAAAAAGAACAAGAAGCACGAAGUACCCUCGACACAAUGCUCUUCACUCAGAAUGAAGCCGAACGGAAACACGAGGCCACGGUUGGAAUUAGAAAGAUUUUAGAAGUGCAGGAAAAAGAGUUGACUUCUCGAAGGGCGCAAAUUGUAAAGGACCUUGCGCUCGUCGAACCAGAAAUUCUUGAAGCUCAAAGGGGUGUUAACAACAUCAAGAAACAACACAUGACUGAAAUCAGAUCCAUGUUCAAUCCUCCCAAUAACGUCAAAUUGACUUUGGAAGCUGUUUGCAUUAUUCUCGGACAGAGCUUGAAGGAAUGGAAGGACAUACAACAAUUUGUGCGUAAGGACGAGUUCAUUUCAAGCAUUGUUCAUUACGACACUAAUAAAAUGAUGAAUGCAUCUACUAGGAGUUUUGUGGAGAGGGAGUACCUUUCAAAACCUAACUUCAACUUUCACGCUGUCAAUCACUCAAGUAAAGCAUGCGGGCCUUUGUUUCAAUGGAUUGUUGCUCAGGUAAAGUAUUCUUCUAUGCUUACAACUGUAAUACCUCUAAAAAAUGGGGUGGCACAAAUUGAGCAGGAGAUGUUGCAAACCAAAGCUCGGUUGCUGGCGGCUGAAGAUAUGAUUAUCGACUACCAAAAGAUCGUCGAAGAUUCCAAGCAAGAAUACAGCGAUAUUAUCAGAGAGAAAGAAUUCAUUAAAACAGAGCUGCACCAAGUACAGCAGAAGGUCUCGCGCUCUGAGAAGCUUGUGAAAAGUUUGGCAUCAGAAAAAUUGCGCUGGUCGGACAGUAUAUCUACUUUUGAUGAGUCAAAGAAUAGCCUGGUGGGUGACUGUUUUCUCUCUUCGCUUUAUGUGACUUACUGUAUUGGCCACAAUGAAAAUAUGAGACGAGACCUCACCAACUAUGCCAAAAGUCUACUUGGGUCGAAUGAUAUCGAAUUUGAGUACAACUACAGCUUCAACAACCAUGUAAUUGAUUUUCAAGAAAGGUCUGAUUGGGUUUCAAAGGCGUUACCUGAUGAAAAUUCUUGUAUUGAAAACUUUUACAAGAUAUUGAAAGGGCCACAAUACCCUUUCGUGAUAGAUCCCGAGGGUAGAGUAGCUGAGGCAAUUCAGAAUUAUUUUGGAAGUUGUUUGACAGUCACAAGCUUUCUUGACAAUGGCUUUGUGAAAAGGCUUAUAAAUGCCUUGCGAUUUGGCGGUAAAAUUAUGAUCCAGGAUGGUGAUUAUUUUGAUCCUAUAAUAUCGUUGCUUAUUGCUAAGGAGUUCAAGAAAGUAGGUGGGAAAGACACUGUGACAAUUGGUGAUAGUAAUAUUGAUAUUGCACCCGACUUCAAGUUAAUCAUCUCCACUAAAAAUGCGCGCUGUAGGAUAUCAAGUUUUGUCAGAGCGAGAAUGGCCAUUGUGGAUUUUGCUAUAGAUAAAGAUUCACUUGAAUCUCAAUCGCUUGAGCAUGUUUUAGCACAAGAGAGGCCUGAGCUUUAUAAACAGAGAAAAGAAUUAAACAUGCUAAACGGAAAGUAUAGGCUUCGUUUAAAUUCACUGGAGCAGCAAUUGCUAGAAGCGCUCAACGGAUCAGAGUGUGGUUUAUUGGAAAAUGAUGCUUUAAUUUCUACGCUUGAAAAGCUCAAAGUUCAAGCCACGGAGGUUGAGGUCAAGAUCAAAGAAACAAAAGGGGUAAUAGAAAAAGUUGAUUUGGCUGUUUCAGAGUACAAGAUAUUGAGCUAUCAUGCGUUGAAGCUCUAUUCCUUCAUAGAGAGACUAGCGGUUUUGCAUUGGAGUUAUCACAUCUCAAUAGUCACUUUUCUGGAGUGCCAGAAAUCAAUUUUCAAUGAAAUUUUACCUUCGAACGCUAACAGACCACAACAGCUAUUAUUGGCUUUCUAUAAGAAAGUCUUCGAGAUUGUUUCUACUGGUAUGUCGGAAGACCACAGAUCUGCAUUUGUUGUGCUUCUUUUCAUAUCUUUCUUUGAAUCAGAAGGAUCUCGUUCCCUAAAUGAUGCUACGAAGGAAUUCAUGAUGGCUAUUCGUGAUGAACCAAGCGCUGAUACGUUACACUCAUUGCUAAAUAACGAAGGCUUUGCUUUCGACCAAACCGUGGUAUUGGAGUUUGUUCAAGAGCUUAGACAAGCUAUCAGCACGAGGUCUAUCCACUCUGCAUUACUCACAAGUGAAAAGUUUCUUCAGGGAACGAAACCCUCCAGCCUUUACGACUUACUAUCGAAAUGGAGCAAUUCUCCAAUUUUACUGGUAUCGGAGAGGGGAACGGACGGCACCUAUCGUAUAUCUCAGUUAGCGUCCCAAAUGUCUCGCAACUUAUCUAUUGUUUCUCUUGGAUCUUUAGAAAGCACAGUAAUGGCGGAAACAGCUCUUUCGUCCUGCAGUCAAUCCGGUGAUUGGUUACUUUUGCAAAAUUUGCAAAUGUCCGCAGAUUGGGUCCAGUCCGUAUUAACAAGACGUCUGGAAACAAUGUUGAAGGAGCCUCAUACAUCCUCAAACUUCCAUGUCUUCCUCACUUGUGAGCUUGAAGGAAAUCCUUUACCACCACCCUUAGUGCAAAGCAGUUGGCAUCUGGUACAUGAGGGUAAGAGAGGUGUAUUGGAGACAGCAAAUGACAUAUGGAGUACGUUAUCGCACCUUCCACCUGUCUCACCGCCCGAAAAAUUAUACAUUUAUUUUCUCUUGGUGUGGUAUCAUGCCCUUUUGGUCGAAAGUAGUCGGUUGGCUCCGCUAGCAUUUACCAGAAAGUACGACUUUAGCGAUGCCGAUUUUGCUGCCGGAAUUUACUACUUGGACACUCUAUUCAGUUGGUUUGAAAGCACCGAGAGAGGAUUUGACCAUGAGGUCAUCCCAUGGGUGGCAUUGAGAUUCAACAUUGGGACGAUAAUUUACGGAGGCAAAAUCGAUGAUGAGAAAGACCUUGAGCUGUGUACCAAUCUAGCCUCUAACAUUUUUAGAGAAGAUGCACUGAAUGCAGGUUUCGAAAUUAUGCCCGGAGUGCUGGCUCCCGAAAAAACACACGAGUGGGGAAGUUUUCAAAAAUGGCUUUCUGAUUGCCAGCCACUCGAAAAUUGCCUUCAAUUGCUUGGGUCUGUCCAAGAUGUUGAAAAUGGAGAACAGAAAGUUCGAACUCAAAAAAUCGCUGAUUAUGUGGUACAACUUCUCGACGACUAUUAA